ACGAUCCAUCCACCGCCCAGAAUUGGUUGUGCUCCUCCUUCACAUACACCACCCACACACCUCGCUGUCGCCGAAGUGCCUUUGUCCCUCGUUGCUGGCUCAAGCUGCGAUACGGUACCGUGAUCAGUGCUGUAUCUGCAAUUGUUGCCGUCCGUUCGUUACCCGCUUAUUCUUGUUCGUUCAGUUUUCAGGCAGCACGCGUACUAUCCGCAGACUGUGGCCUCAUUGAUGCUCUGGUAGCAAGGCAGUCAGAUCUUCAACACAUUUACUCACCUCCUAUCACCAAUUCCGCGCCGCCCACGCCUCAUUUACCGCUCACUGCGGCACACAACACUUGCUACAUAACCUGCGAAGGGUGUCUACGGCGGGUCACGCCUUACCAUGCACAACCCGGACACAAUUGACUAAACGCUGCUUCACCGUAGCACCGCUAUGGCCGAGGUCGCUGUCCCUGGUCGUUAUAACGAUGCCAGUGGCUUUGCACAUUUCGCGGCGCCGCCUAUGGUUCGUGGAGCGCCCGAAAUAGAGAUGGUCCGCAACACCGACUUCUCGUUUCCUGCUACGUCACCGCGAGCACGUCUGUCGAGCCUCCAUCCAUCCUCUGCAGAUGUUUCGAGGCGACCAGUUUCGGUACACUCGGAGUCUCCGCCGGCCACUGCCAAGCCAAAGGCUCACCGAAGGGCUCGCUCGGACCUACCCAGCUUCUCGUUCAACGCUGCCGACGCAACCGGACUAAAGGACACGCUCACACCUCCCCUCACGCCGGACGGUGACGAGGAAAGUGCUUGUCUCACUCCUUCAGUCAGACAUGGCCACAAGCGGCAAACGAGCGAGCUUAUUGGUGGUGAUUCAAGGCUGGGCAUGGACUGCGCCAUGAGCUCAAGUCCUACGAAGGGCAUGAUGUUCGUGCCGCCUGUGCUUCAACCGUCUUCGCGGGAAGGGGCUGCCUACAGACACAGACGGUUUCAGUCGAGUGUAAGCACGAUGAGUGUGAUGCAACCAACGACCAGCCAAGCAGGUGACAGUCCUACUAUGACUGCCACUUUGCUUGAUCAGCCUGAAACGGCCAUGACACAUCGAGCUGUAGCAGCACCUUACGCGGCCUUUUCUCUCACCGACCCUUUCGGCACCCCAGCCAAUGACACCGAAAACAGACCACCAUCGUCCUCGUCACGGCACGUCAAGAACAGCAUCUCCUCGGUGCUCAGCCUUGGUACACCUAGCCCACCGUCGACACGAUACGGCCGCCGCUCGUUCAGCGAAGACGAAGCAAGAAGUCGCGCCAAAUUGUCUCUCGAACUGCGGAAUCGCAUCGACGAAGAGGGCGAAUGGUUGAGCCGCAAGUCGUUCCAAAGCGAGCAGAGGUCAUCUCUAGACAUGGCAUCGGCACCCAAUCUAACGACGGCUCCAAUACUAAAUCGGGAUCGCGCAGAACCCACCCGCCAUGCGAAGAGACACUCCCUUUCGCAGGCGCUUAGGCUUGACCGACGUCGAAGUGAACCGGCAAUAUCGACCAGCGGAAAUCAGGCAUCUCGAUCUUCUACCACUUCACUGCAAGAUACUGUGAAGCCGUCGAACGCUUUGCCCACUGCACACGAAGCUGAAGGCAAAGCUGCGACACGAAAGAUAAAAGACUGGACACUGUUCAAGUUCUCAAAGAAGGCUCAUGCUGGCAGAGGAGAAACAACAGGGGAAGCAACGCAGGCUGUGAGGCCGCAGAGUUCGUGCGACCCUCUAGCUUUGGUCGAGAAAGCACCUCUCGAACACUCCACUGCCGAAACGGAUCUAGACGCUGUAUUCGGGAUGGCAGACACUGAGAGCCCUGUGGACACACCGUCCUUGCCACUACAAUCACGCAUGGAGAGCACCGUGUCAGGGCAAAACGUGCCACAGUCUAGUGCGUGGGAUCUCAGCGACUCGAGCCCAAUCCUUGAUCUAGAUGCCGCUCUAGGACCGUUCAAGACCCCUCCAUUAGGAACGCACAGACCGAGGCAUCCGAUGCAGAUGCACAGCAGUCGUAGCACUACCUAUCCGUCCGGUCCGGCAAUGCACUAUCAUGGGCGUACGCAGAGUGCACCAGACUUGAUGCCUUGGUCGAGAGGCAGUGUAGCGUCCUGCAGCUCGUUGCCGGAUGUGUUCGAGGGUGACGACGAGGACGAGUACGAGCAGCCCCAAACUCUACAGCGACCCAAAAGCGCAAUGCUGAGCUCAAGUGUUGAUGCUGGGGUCGGCAUCCAGAUCGUUGAUGUGGCAAACGAAUACUUGGAGGAGAGGUCAGGGCUUGACUGGCGUCUUGGCGAUGGGCUGCGGAUCAGCACUGCUGAUUGGGAGCCGGAGCGGCCAUCAACGUCGUACGGUAACCUCACUUCACGGCUGUCAACACCGAGCCUGGAACGACGGUCAAUGUCCAUCAUGGAAGAGACCAUCCCUGAAGAGUCGAGUCCGAUCGACAUCGAUGUUGUGGAAGCACACGAGGAGCCUAGAUCGUCAUCCGUAACCAAGUCUUCCGACUCGAGCGAAACGCCUACUCUGAUUACGUCGCAGGCAGGAAACCUCGGCCUGCCGGACGGUUCACAGUCGCUCAUGACGCCUGACACCUACCAGACGUCGACCUUCUCAUCGCCAGACUUUGCACGUCGCCAGGGCUCUUUCGACACUUCGCGCCUUGGGACCGCGGCAUCCUCUGUCACCGACAGCCGGACACUGAGCUCCAGCAACGGCGAUCAACACCACGACAACCGAGUCUCUGUCGACGAUGUUCCAUCUUUAACCAGUAGUCGAUCGACGAUGAUGAGUACAAUGAACCAUAAUGCAUCGCGAGUUGAUGUGGGAGGCACUGAACGAACACUGCCACCAGCGUCUCGCGCCGUGGACCCCGCUGUCGCUGCUGAGCGCCGACGAAAGCGCGCUAGCAUUGCCAGCUUUUCUCAGCUCGUUGGCGCUUCGUUCAGUGCUAAGUCGAAGACCAGCGAAAGCGCAAGACCGCAAACUGCUGGCGAUGCUCUCACACCGGUAGCACCGAAGAAGAAGGAGCAUCGGCUCAAGAAGCUGAUGUUCUGGCGAUCGAAGAGCAAGCAGUCCCUGCGCGAGUGACGUUACGCGCUGAUAGGACGAAUAUUUGCAUAUUCUGCUCAUGCCGGGCGAAUCCUCCCGCGCGACAUCAGUCUAUCCACCUGGUCCGUUGCAGACCGGAUGCAUCUUUAUUUGACGAGCGUUCCGCAUUUUUCUUGCUGCUUCCACA